AUGGUUCGCCUUCCACGUCUAAAAUACAAAAACAACGACUCUACUCAAGGUAGCGGUGGAAUUUUGACUUAUGUGUAUAGGUGGAAAAUAACAAACUGGAGUGAGAUACGACCUUUUAUGGAACAUACUAGUCCGCCUUUUAGUGCUGACGGGUUACAAUGGGUCUUUAAGUUCUAUAAGGGACGACAGAAGAACCCGCAGGCUCUGUCAUUAUAUUUAGGGAUUUUAGAGACAACGCCAGGAUGUCUUCUUGGAAUUAGAAAAAAAGUCAGUAUAAUCUUUGUCCUGGAAAACUUGAGAACGAGAGGAAUGGAUUUUGGCAAAAUGGAGUUGCCUGUUUGGUUUUGUAAUAAACAUUCCACAUGGGGUGAAGAAAAUCUCAUGACAUUAGAUGAAAUGGACAGGUUCAUUAAUAAUGAUACAAUAUCCUUGUGUGUAAAAUUUGAGAUUCAAGAAUCUAUUUUAGAUUCACCACCAAAAAUUAGUAAUCCAUUUGAUAAACUAGUAAAUUCGCCACGUUUUUCAGAUGUCACGUUUUGUGUACUUGAUGAUAAUUCACGUGAGAAAUUAUUCUAUGCGCAUAAAGGAAUCUUAGCAAGUUCCUCUCCUGUAUUUGAAUCAAUGUUAACGAACGGGAAAGAGAAGGAUACAAUUAAAUUAUGUCAAACAAAUCAUUCCGCGUUCCUUGCUUUGUUAACAUUCAUAUAUACUUUUAAUGUAAAUAUUACAUCUUUAUGUGACGCGGAAGAUUUAUUGGCAUUAGCUGAUAAGUUUGAAAUUUUCCCUGUACGAGAGGAGUGUUUACGUUAUUUCCGUUUAGAAUUGAACGUUGAUAAUGUAUGGGGAAUUUGGGCGAUUGCCGAAAAAUAUUCUUGUGCUAAAACAUCAACAACUUGUCGUGAUUUUGUUGCAUCAAAUUUUGAAGAUCUUUUGGAGGAUCCAUCCACGUUACACGCAGAUCCAAAUAUUUUGCGGCUAGCACUCGACAAUGAUGAAGCAAAUGUGAAUUCCGAAGAGAAAAUUUAUGAAUUGGUUGUUCGUUGGGCAAAUUAUUCGUACUCUUCAGAUUCAGAUACAUCAUCGGCACGGAAUUCUACAAAUACUCGGGUCAAUGAUGAAGAUUUACCACCAUCUUCUUCAACAUCUGCAUCAAUGCCAUCAGAACUUCCAGAAAAUUUUGAAGAUGCUGUAGAUGAUAUUCAAUUAAUUGAGAAUGGAAUUGUAAAUAUUAAAAAUCUUUAUGAAUUAAAUAAUGAACAAUCGGAUAUACAAAACGAUGGCUCAAAUAACUUUCCCAAGCCUUGGUGUGGUGAUAGGUUUGCGGCACUUCCUUCCUUAUUAAAAUGUGUUCGAUUUCCUGUAAUGAAAAAACAAUAUAUUUUCGAAAAAGUUGAAGGAAAUCCUUUCAUAAUGGCAGCAGAUGGAAUGAAAGAUCUGGUAAUAGAAGCAUAUCGGCAUCUCUUGAUGCUUGAAGUUCCUAAUUCGGGUUCGAGUAGCAGAGUUAAACAUCGAAAACGUAAGAAAACCAUCGAUUAG